AUGGGGGAAACGCAGAUUAUGGCCCACACCUUUUGGGAUCUUCUCAUCGAAAGACAACCUGCGUACGAUGUCGUCAACGGGACAGAUGAUAACCCGCGGAGGCGAGGACGCCGACCAUCUGGAAGGGAGCCGGUCAUUCCAAGAAAGGCUCCGAAAUGGCUUGCGUCCCUCUGCGAAACCGGACAUGAUUACCCUCCUUGCGCUUGCGGCUCCGCAAUCCGCGGAUUCUCGUUGAAGAGCUCAAUCCAAGCCAUGCUAGGCUUUAUUACCGGUUAUCACCAGCGGACCAGCUCCGUUAGUCGCGGGGUAACUCUUUCCGUCUUUACGGCCGCGAGGAACAGGACCCUUAGAAAAUCCCUUGCCGCGAUUGCGGAAUUAGCAGCAAAGAGAAAAAGGACAGUAUUGAACGGCGGCGCGGACAACAUCCGUAGACGCCUCCCUUUAACCGUCGGCUCGGGUUCCAGCGAGAAGACUCUGCAACGAUCCCUCAUCCAACGGGCUAAAGAGGAGAGCCAUAGCCUGGACGGGAUGGGUUUGCUCCCCUUGUCUUUUCUCGGCUCCUCCUCUCCCAGUCCCCGCUCCUUGGGUUCCUGGACCCAAGCCAACUCCAGUGGAAAGGCGUGGCAGAGUGGCAGAGUACCAGAGAGCAUGGCAUUGGCAAUCAGCCAAAACCUGGGAACGGUGGACGGAGCUCUUGGAGUCGUAACGGAAAAAGGUGAUUGGCAAAUUUCGGGAGCCAAACGGGAUGCCCCGGCGAAUCCCAACGUGUCAAAUCUCUCCCACUUCUCUUCCCUCAGUUCCCCACCGACACCGACGACGGGACGAUCGCUCCCGGGGUCUGGAGAGGGCUCUAGACCCUUUCCGGUCUUUGCGCACUUGCCUGUUUUGUCAUGGACUCCUCAUGGGCGGUGGAGUCAGCAAUCAUGGAGACUGGAGCUCCUCUUCGGUGCAAAAUUCUGCCAGAUGAAAAAGGAGGAAUUUGGGAAAAGAAGAGAUAUGGAGCACUUUAGGAAGCUCUGGAAGCUUUUUCUGCCAGGUCUGCUUGCUAGUGUAGAGAGAAGAGGGAGUCUCAUUAACCAAAUGGAUGAAGUCUCGUUGGAAUUUUCGAAGAAUGCGGAAGGAGAAUUGCAAAAAGACCCUGUCUACUCUCCCUGCCUCUCAACUUUUCUCAAGAUCCCAUCUCAACCCCCAUAUGCGAAAAAAAAUUCUGACAAGCGGUAUCCAUUCACCCGCUGCGUUCGGCGCCUCUCUUUUGGUCUCGGUGCUUCUUUUCCCGCCGAAUCAUUCCCCGUCACCAAGCUUCAACACCCGACCUUCUCGAAGCUUUAG